AUGAGCGCAAAUUCCCCCUUGAUCGACCCCCUCAUGGACCACGGGACUUUGGAUUCUCUGGGAAUGGGCGACAUUCCUACGCUUGACGAGCUGUUACUUCCCGAAGACGAGGAGUUAGUCACUGAAUUACUCUCCAAACCCUCGCAAGAUCAAGUGAAUGAGUUAGACCCGACGCUACUGUUCCCUGAGCCUGUGGAGCUGGUGGAAGUGAUCUCAGAACCUGUCAGCAGUCAAAGCAGCCCCAGCAAUCGGAUCUCGAGUGCCACAAGCGACACACAGGCUUCUCCAGACAACAUGACCAUCACUCUACCAGUGACAGCUCCUCCACGUCGCAAAAGACGCAAAGAUGAGCUAGAUUACCUUCGAAUAAAAGCCAAAGAACUGGAGGAGCAGUUGCAGCAACUUAAGAAGAGAGAGGACGGCGUAAAGGACCAAAAUGAGACCGAGAAAGACGCAGCUGGAGUCUCCGUAUGGAGGAAAGUAGCUAGAAGGCAAUUCGAAGGCAAGAAGAGGGCGGAGAGAGAGAACGAGAAGCUCAGGGGCAUGGUGGAAGGUCAACUGACGAUAGUGCUGAAUCUAGAGAAGCUCCUGAGGAAAAGAUCAGCUAUGGAGGAGUCUGGAACGUGGGUCAGUGAAAGGAAGCGCGUGCGGGUUGAAUACGAAGCCGAAAAUGUCAUUUUCGACCGAAUCUUACGACAAUUGGACGAACAAUACAAGGAAACAGACGCUGCGUUUCGACAGAAUGAGUUUGCUCGGAAGAAGACGGACGGACAGCAUAUGCAGGUCAAGCCGAAUGGUAUCUACGGUAUGUUCAUGGAGUUCUUGUCCUCAAAGAUACUGCCGUUUGAGGUACACACAACUGCCACACAAUUUUGGCGCUGUAUGGCCCAGCCGCAUCUUAAGCUUCGAGAUGGCCACUAUUCGUUAAUUGACGGAACGGAGGAUACGCUGUCGGCCAAGAUGGCGUUCACGGUGCAGCACGAGAAGCACCAAGUUAUGAAGGACGCCUGGUUUGCAGUUAAACGUUUUAUUGAAGAAGACAGAUGCAUCUUUGUGUGGGCCUGUGAGACGGAAGUCAAAGGCACGCUCAGCAGUGCUCAGAGGAUGCGGCAUCGUGACACUGGAUGGACGUCAGUUGAGCGUUAUACUAAUGCAAAUGACGAUUCAAUGGACUCCUGUAUCAUUCAGACGUGCGUGAGAGUACGGACGGAGCUGCCUGAGGUGAUGCCACGCAGCCAAGAGGAGCUUAUGCUACUCACAGACAUUGUGACUAGCUCGUUCCUAGAGAACCUUGAUGGCAUCCACCAGUCUGUUGAAGACGCGCUAAUCGAAGAAGCCAUGAGAAGUAACUAA